CUGCGAAGAUCAACCCAAUCAUCUCACAAACAUUGAACAAUUAAAACCAAACAAAGCCAUAAUUUUAAUUAAAAGGGAAAAAUAGAAAACUGGAGAGGUAAAACCCUAAUCUGGGCUAGAUUCUCUCUUCCACAGCGACGUUCUUCUUCGACGUCUUCAGGAUUGCAGUAUGAGAAAACUGUGAAAUUGGGUUGUUCUCAAAACUGUGAAUAGAAUAUCCCAAAAUCUUUCCCAAGUUUCCAAGUCCUCCACGCACGCAGGGUGGUAAAAACAUAAAUACACACAAGCCCAACAUUCAGAAAAUGCUUAGAAGAAGAUUAGCUUCACUUAUAACUGUCUCCAUUCGCACUGCCCAGACUCAAUACCAGAAGCCCACAUCAUCAUUUCCACCUUUUGCCGGCCUACAACUUGAUUCAGUGCACUUCCUGCAAUGCCGGUCUGAUAUCUCGAAGCCCAGCUGCCAAUUUGGAGGUCUGAGGGCUUACAGUAGUCUCUUGGCAUUGAACGAUCUAAGGGACAAUCCAGGGGCACGGAAGCAGAAGACCCGCAAAGGAAGGGGUAUUGGUUCAGGUAAGGGAAAGACUGCAGGACGGGGGCACAAGGGUCAAAAAGCCCGUGGCACUAUGAAGUUUGGGUUUGAAGGUGGGCAGACACCACUCCGUCGACGCCUGCCCAAACGGGGCUUUAAGAACCCAUUCAGUCUCACAUUUCAGCCAGUUGGCUUGGGAAAAAUUGCGAAGCUGAUAAAUGCUGGGAAAAUAGAUUCUUCAGAAUUGAUCACAAUGAAAACUCUCAAGGAUUCCGGGGCAAUAGGGAAGCAAAUCGGAGAUGGAGUAAGAUUGAUGGGACGUGGGGCUGAGCACAUCAAAUGGCCUAUCCAUCUUGAGGUUUCAAGGGUGACCGUCAGGGCAAAAGCAGCAGUCGAAGCUGCUGGUGGGUCGGUAAGGAGAGUUUAUUACAACAAACUGGGAUUACGAGCUUUGCUCAAACCUGAGUGGUUCGAGAAGAAGGGAAGGUUACUUCCAAGAGCUGCGAGGCCCCCACCAAAACAGAAAGAUAAAGUAGAUAGCAUAGGCCGUCUGCCUGCCCCAACAAAGCCAAUACCUUUUACAACUGAAGAAAAAGAGGUGAUGCCUGCUUCAACUGCAUAAUAACUUACCAGAGAUGGUAAUGUAUGAGAGUAUGCGACAUUGCAAGAUUCCUUUUGUUUCUUAUUUGCUGGUAGCUGCUGCGUCUCCUGAUUACGAUUGCUCAAAAGUAAAAUAACUUCUUUUUUUCUUGUUCUCUUAAGUCAUGAAUUUUGGUAGAACGGUGUCACGUCUAGAAUCUUUUCUACGACUUGAAAGUUGGAACUAUGUAGCUGCUGAAUUAUUGUUAUGAUCUGAAUAUGUUCACGAUUAAGAAAUGGAUACUCAAGUUUUCGUGUCGUUUGAAUCAA